UUAUGCUUAAAUUUGACUCCAUACAUCACCGGAACGCAAUUUUCUCUCUACCUGAAUCUGAUCUCUGCAAACCAACUCUGUCAAUCGUACUUUUGUAGAGUGGCGAUCCAGGGUAAAGGGUGAAGAUUGAAGACGAUAGGAAAUGGAGGGUGGAAUUACGGCGGAGGACUUGUCGACGAUCGGCGGCAUAGCCACCGUCUCGCUGCUGCACUCCUUCAUCCCUACACAUUGGCUCCCGUUUUCCAUUGUCGGCCGCGCUCAGAAAUGGACUCUCUCUCGCACUCUUCUCGUCACUGCAUUUGGAGCAGUAUUGCAUGUUCUAUCCACUUCGCUACUCGGCAUAACAGCAAUCACCAUAACAAACACUAUAGCUGGAGAGGAAACUGUGCAUAAACUUGCAUCUUUGUUGCUGAUUUUUCUUGGUGGUGGUUACAUCGUGUUAUUUCUGACUGGAAAGGGUGGUCAUAGCCAUUCUCACAAUCAACCUAUGGAAAAAAUGGCUGUUGCCGGUCUUGUUCUCGUCCCUGCAUUGUCUCCUUGUGCAACCACUCUUCCAGUAUUUCUUGCUGUUGGAAACUCAUCCUCGAUGAUGGUGCUUGCCAUCAUAGUCCUGUUAUUCAGCACGAUAACUGUAAUGACGUCGCUAGUGGCUCUCUCAUUUUACGGUGCAAGUCAGCUCAAGUUUCACUGGGUGGAACGCUACGACAAGCUUCUUGUAGGAUCAGUUCUAUGUUUAGUCGGAGUUCUGACCCUCAUUUUCCACGAUCAUGAUGGAGAAGCUGGUUCAAACGGAGAGCAUUUGCAUCGGAAAAUAAUCUCUUUGUAAGGAUAUUAGCAUUAGGGAUGUAUUCCUUGUUUCUAAGUUUUGAGGUAUGAUGAUUCCAAGUGAUGAUACAAAAUACGUAAGAACUGUUAAACAUAUUUGUCUUGUUCAAUCGGAUCAACGAGCUAACAUGGAAGUUCUUGCUUUCUCGAUCUUCA